CACCGCGGACCUAACCGCUUCGAAAUUCAAACGUCUAACCGAAUUUUGCGUUCCAAUACUUUGUUUAAGUGCUAGUGGAACUAAAUUGGAUUUUGUGCUGUUACUUAAGUAAACAGAUAGUGAGGUGUGAUCAGUGACUGUGAUCACGUAAUCGACCGAAACUGACAAAUAUUCGAUAUAUCGAAAUGCUUUCAUUGUGAAAUCAAAAAAUCGAGUGCUGUUUCGAAUAAACCAUAGACUAAGUGCAGUGCUUUGCUCCAACGCCAGGCUCUUUAAUCUUCUGGCUUCUUCUUGAUGUCAGUCAGCUCCGAAACUAAUGGAUAACCACAGCAGAUCCGCGUCGCCGCGGGAGCCAUCACGGCCGCAACAUCGGCCUCCGUCUCCACCCUCCCCCGCAGGCUUCGACAACAGGGCCUACCAGCAUGAUGAAGACCCGAACCAUAAUGAUUCCUUCGCGUCAACCCUCCCACAGAACGGCCACAAAGCGAAUGGGGAUACGAAAACUCUAGAAGCCGUCAAUUUGGAACUAAUAAACUUGACACCAAAGAACGGCGCGAAGAAAAAAGAUGUGGAGUUGGACAUGAAUGCAACGAACCCGUAUGAUGAAUACUUCGUUCCAGUUAACGAGCACAGGAAAUACAUGAGAGGAGAGAAGUUAUAUGUGACAGCUGACAAGAGGGGCGAAAAAGCUGGCUGCAAGCGGCCUCUUUGCUGGACUCUCCUAGGGCUAGUUGUUGCAGCAGUUGUAGCCCUUAUAGUGCUAGCAGCAACUGGCAUUCUCUUUUCCAAUUCCCCAACACCGCUGGAGCAGUACAACGCAUCUGUCAGUUCAGCGCGAGCUUUUGGAGGCAUCAGUGGCUCUGACCACGACCACGCGACACAUGACCAUGACCAUGAUCACGAUCACCAUCAUCCCGAAGAGACUACAAUUGCGAUUGAAUCAGACAACGACGCUCGUGUUAUUUCAUCAGAUGAGUCGGAUAUAAAUAUGUAUGUACCACGAACGGUGGAAGGUGAAUUAAGAAUAGAUAACGAAGAGUUUGUACCCGCUCUACAGGAUCCAGACAGUGAAGAAUAUCGAGAAUUCGUUUCAAUUUUUAAUAAUGCACUCAAACAAGCAAUAUUUGACAAAACAGAUAUGCAAUCUAGUGAUGACAUAUCGCUUGAAGUUAUUCAGAUAAGAAAUGGAUCUGUCAUCGUAACCUAUCGAAUUCAUUGGGUGCCAAAACAUAACUCCGAAAAUACAGAAGACCUUUUGACUGCAAAUAGUUUAAGAACGAAUUUAAACAGCUAUCUAGACAGGAGUAAUCGAAUGAUAAGUGUAUAUCAUGUAGCUGAGGAAUCUGUUAAUGCAAGACCUGUGCUAGACAUGUGCAAAGUAAACAACAAUGACUGCGAUCACGGUUGUGAAUUUGAUGAAACAAGUCUUGAUUUUACUUGCACAUGUCCGCCCGGGCAAAUCAUUGAUAUGUACUCUCCUAAAAAAUGCGUUAAUAUUUUGGAUAAUACCCAAGGUAGAUCAGAAAGUUCUGAGGAAUCUAAUACUUCUAAUUUCCAUGCACACACUAUGUCGUCGAAACAGGAUCCAGAAACGCAAAAACCAACAACAGAAUCGGUCCAAAUAACAGACAAUAGAUUUGAUUGGAAAGAUACAAAUUCUCAGCCAACAACAACUACUACUGAAUCUGAACCAGAUCUUAACUUCUCACAUAUAUUUGGUCAACAUAGUGAACAUGACGAAGCGGAACCACCAAGGCCUGAACCAGAGCCAACAGCCGAACCUUCUGCAGAACCUGAACCAACAGCUGAACCUAAUUUAAGUGCAGAAUCGGCAGAUGAAUCUCACCUUCAGCCAGAGCCAAAUCCAGAACCAGAACCAACCUCAGAACCUGAACCCAGUGCUGAACCAAAACCAGAGCCUGAACCAACUUUAGAAUCUGAACCCAGUGCUGAACCAAAACCAGAGCAAGAUCCAACUUCAGAAUUUGAAACUGUUGCAGAGCCAAAAUCAGAGCCAGAACCAACUGCUGAACCAGCUGCAGAACCCCAACCGGAACCCGAGCCAACCGCAGAACCUCAGGCCACAUUCGUUGCUGAAGCUCAACCGGAGCCAACUACUGAAACCAACAACAAUAAAGAACGUGAAUCGAAUGCAGGGAUUGAUAUUAACUCUCCUCAAAACCAACCAACAACUGAAAAUAAUUCUUCACUAGAACCAACGGCUGAACCAAACUCGGAUCCUAGAGAUGAAGUGAACAAUAAACCAGACCGCAUACCUGAAUUCUUCCCGAAUUCCGGCUUUAAGGAAGAAUCUGAUAUCACUACAGAGUCAAACCUUUUUCAAGUUUCUGAAACAGAAUCAGAGUCAAGAACAAAUAUAAAAGGCGCGGAAAUUGAAAGUGAAUUAUCUUUAGCUGAUGAAAACCACACCACUUAUUCAACUGAAGUACAUCAGAUGGUAACCGAUCCUACAUUUAUGAAUGACGGUGACACUCAUAUUGCAACAGAUAAAGAUAUGAGUGAGGAGUCCAACAAUCAGUUCUCUGAAACUACCGAACAUCAUUCAGGUUUUAACAGUGAAGAAGACCAAAAAAUCUACGAAAAUAUUGAGAAGUCACUAUUAGUUAAGGCAAGCUCGUCGUCUGAGGAAUCAAAGCAAAGUGAAAGUAACGAUAGUUCUAUGUCAGGUGGAACAACUACAAGAAUUUCAAUAUCUGAUCUUAAUAUAAGAAAUGAACCAUCGUAUGAACCAAAACCUGAAGUAAUAUCAAUAUUAAACAAUAUGCCAGACCAAAACAUAUUCAGUUCAAACGUUGAGACAACUACGACAAGCGAUUGGUUAAACAAUGAUAAUGUUGAUUCAUCUCUUCUUUAUGCUAACAAACCUAUAGAAAACUCACAAGAAGUUCUUAAUAACGACAAAAUAAAUACAGAAGAAAGGUCUUCAAAAUCUUUAGGAGAAAGUGGACAAGAUAGCACUACGCAAUCAAACAAUUUAGACAAUGAUGAAAUAACAUUCGAUCUUAUAAAUAAAAAUAAUGAAACUGAUGAUAGCAUAAUAGCAACCACUUUACAAUCUAUGACCACUGAAGAACCAGCACUAUUAAAUGAAAAGGAAAAUACUAAACCAGAACAAAUGAAUGAUGAUAAAAGUGUAAUAUCUUUAGAAACAAUUAAUAAACAAUCAAAGGCUACCGUUGAGCAAGAAAAGAUAUUCUCGACCACUGAAGACUACAAAAUUAUAGAUGACAUUAUAAAAGUAACAGAAUCAGAAAUAUUUCAAGUAGCAACGACUACAGAAGUAAUGCAAGAAGAUAUAAAACACGAAAACGAUGAAAUAACUUUUGACGCUCUAAAUGCACUUUAUAAUCGAUCAUCUAAGUCAAUUGAAGAUCAAAAUAUUGAUACUGAAAAAACCACAAAAAUAGAUAAAAAUUUCAAUGAAGUAACAGAAGGAACUACAGAGUCAGAUUGGCUAUCAGAAACAGUAACCGAAGUUAAUUACGAAGAUGUGAUGAAAACUUCUAAAAUUAAGGAAAUUACGGAUUCACCCGUAACUACAGUCGAUGAUACAGUUAGUAAAGAAUUGCAUAAAGAUGAUUUUGAACCAGAUUACUUAACUAAUAUGGGUAGCAAUAAUAGUAAAAUGUCUGACCAAGAUAUGCCUUUAUACGGCAUUGCUCACGAUUAUGACACUGAAGAUUCUAGAGUUAAGAGAGUAAAUUCAAACCAAAAAACUAAUACUAUUAAUUCGGAAUUAACAACUCCCACAUCUGAAAUAGUGCAAGCAGAAACCACAACUGUUCAUGAAUAUAUUUAUAAAACCGCAGAACAAGCAUUAAAUGAUAUGACAACCGACUUUGUCACAACUGCAUCACCAUUAAACCAACCUUCAUUGAUUGUUAAUGGCAAUCCCGCACCUGUGUGGGAGAACUAUGAAAAUGACACUAAAAAAGGAAUAAUUAUUAAAGAAAUAGCAAAUGAAAAAGUUAUAAAUUACACCAGCAACCCAACAUUAAUUCCCGAACUAAGCGAAAAUUCUUCACCUGUUAACAACAUUGGUGUAACAAUCUAUGAAGUACCUAGUCAAAACGAUAAUCUAACAACAAAUCCACCAAAAGCAAUUCACUCCUCUGCUAACGAAUAUGAAGACCAUGAAACUGAAAUGAAUCCUUUUCUCCCAGAAGUAGAAAAUAAUAAAAUUCUUGUAAAAAAGCUACAAGAAGGUCAUGAUCUUGAACCAACUGGAUUGAACGAAACCCAAAAUGAAAACGCUGAUGAGCAGCAUAAUUUAGCGACUUCUGACGGGAAAACAAAUGCUGUUCAAGAUCAUAUAGAUGAUGCUACCUCAGAAACAAUGCAUCCAGACAUAAUGGCACCUCAGUCAACAGAAAACGAUAACUUAUUUAACGAAUUACUAAAUAAUCACCAAGAAACAACGACUUCAAAAUUAAAUGCGGCUACACUGAAAGAUAUUGUUCUAGAUGCUACGACUAAAAAAGAGGGUUAUGAAGUUUUACCAAUUUCAACAUUUCUUUUAGAUACCGACGAUUUAGACGAUACUAAGACAACGCAAUCGGAUAUUUUAAGUAACAACUCACCAACUGAAUACUUAAAUGUAGUUCCUAUAUUUGAGAAGGAAUCUUUAAAGAAAAAUUACAACAGUGAACAUAUUGAAGAGUUAAAUUCAAUUAGUGAUUCUCCAAAAAAAAGUGAUAGAAGGACAAUAGAUACGACUAACGAUGACUCUGUAAUAAAUAAUGAAGCGUAGUUAAUAAAUUAAACUAGUUUUAAAAUUAAAGUUGUAAGGUUGUACAUUGUAAUAUUAUAUUUCCUGUGAUUUCUGUCGAGCAAAUGCGCAAUCUGCCUAUCAUUUAUCUGUCGUCGUUUUUUAUGUAGUUACGAUGAAGUAUUUUUAUAUCGUAUAUUGAACAAUUAUUUUCAUUAAUUUGACAAGUAUUGAUACUAAUUAUAAUUUUAAUCAUUAUUUCGUUAGACUAGUCAAAUUAGGGAGUCAUGAUUACGUCGAUUUUAGAUUAUUUAUUGCUUCAAUUUAAGACAUGCUUCUGCUAAACUUAUAAUAAAAAGUAAAAAAUUGUCAAUUAUUACUCGUCGUACUUCCAUUGUUAAAAAAAGAAUAUAAAUUAAUGAGAAUAACAUCAUAUUAAUUUGUUACCAUAACUAGAUAUUAAUUUUAUUUAAAUGAAACACUAUAUGGGCAGUUUAAAACAGCAUUGAUGAAGAUAUUAAAAUCCUUAGCCAUGUACUGUGUUAUGUGAUAAAUAAUAAGUUUAUAAUACACAUUCCACAUAGUACAUAUAUAAUAUAUAUAUGAAUAUUAUAUCAGUGAUUUAUUUUGGAAGUGAUGUCUGAUUGUAAAAUAAUAAUUAUAGUAGGUCUUGUUAACUAAGGUAUAUUUUGUAUAAUAUGGUUGAAACUGU